AUGGAUAUUGAUACUGAAUCUACAGUGGAAAAAAUCAAGCAUGGCGAAAUUGAUGAGUCCCUGUACAGCCGGCAGCUCUACGUUCUUGGCCAUGAGGCUAUGAAGCGUAUGGGUUCGUCAAAUGUCUUGAUCGUGGGUCUCAAGGGGCUUGGUGUUGAAAUAGCUAAGAAUAUCGCCCUCGCUGGAGUUAAAUCACUCACCCUCUACGAUCCCACCCCUGUUCAAAUUGCCGAUUUAUCAUCACAAUUCUUUCUACGCCCAGAGGACGUUGGCAAGCGCCGCGCAGAUGUGACCGUUCCUCGUGUAGCGGAGCUCAAUUCCUAUACGCCAGUCUGCAUACAUGAAACUGACAGCUUAACCGAAGACUUGCCUCAGUUAAAAAAAUACCAAAUAGUUGUGCUGACUGCGACCUCACUAAAAGACCAGAGGGUCAUUGCUGAUUACUGCCAUCAAAAUGGAAUUUACGUGCUUAUUACAGACACUUUUGGAUUAUUCGGCUAUGUGUUUACCGACUUCGGCAAGAACUUCACUGUAGGGGAUAACACCGGUGAGGAGCCAGUUAGUGGUAUUGUUGCUGGUAUAAAUGAAGAAGGCCUCGUAUCUGCUCUCGACGAGACGAGACAUGGAUUGGAAGAUGGAGAUUUUGUGACCUUUACGGAAAUCAAAGGCAUGGAGGGACUCAACAAUGCUGAUCCGCGCAAAGUGGUAGUCAAAGGUCCCUAUACAUUCUCCGUCGGUGAUGUCAGUGGCUUAGGUGCUUAUGAAUCUGGUGGUCUUUAUACCCAAGUGAAAAUGCCAAAAUUCAUCGAUUUCAAGCCAUUCAGCGAACAAAUCAAACAGCCAGAGUUCGUCUUUUCAGACUUUGCUAAAUUCGAUCGCCCACCACAACUGCAUGUUGGCAUCCAAGCUUUGCAUAAAUUUGCAGAAUCUCAUAACGGAGAGUUACCCCGUCCUCAUCACGAAAGCGAUGCAGUCCUCGUCCUUGAACUUGCGCAGGCGCUCGCCAAGGAUAGUGAGGAAAGCAUUGAGCUGGAUGAAAAACUUAUUAAAGAGCUAAGCUAUCAGGCCCGUGGUGACCUAUGCCCUAUGGCUGCUUUCUUUGGAGGCUUAGCCGCCCAAGAAGUUCUAAAAGCUGUGUCCGGGAAAUUUCACCCCAUUGUGCAAUGGAUGUACUUUGACUCGCUUGAGUCCCUCCCGACCUCAGUCGAGAGAUCAGAGGAACUUUGCAAACCGACAGGCACACGAUAUGAUGGCCAAAUUGCCGUCUUUGGAAAACAAUUUCAGGAUAAAAUUGCAAAUAUUAAAGAGUUUCUCGUUGGUGCCGGCGCAAUUGGAUGUGAAAUGUUAAAAAAUUGGGCCAUGAUUGGCUUAGCUACUGGGCCGGAUGGUGAAAUUAUAGUAACCGAUAUGGACCAAAUUGAACGGAGUAACCUCAACCGUCAAUUCUUGUUCCGUACUAAUGAUGUUGGUAAGCUCAAGAGUGAUUGUGCGGCGGCUGCUGUCCAAGCCAUGAAUCCAGAGCUACGAGGAAAGAUUACUACACUCCGAGAACGAGUCGGCUCCGACUCAGAGCAUGUUUUUGACGAGAAGUUCUGGGAACGUCUUGACGGAGUAACGAAUGCCCUGGAUAAUGUCGAUGCCAGAACUUACGUUGAUCGUCGGUGUGUAUUUUUCCGGAAGCCUCUGCUUGAGAGCGGCACCCUUGGCACAAAAGGAAAUACCCAAGUUGUACUCCCACAUGUCACGGAAUCCUAUUCCAGCUCUCAUGAUCCUCCAGAGCAGUCGUUUCCUAUGUGCACUCUGAGAAGCUUCCCCAACCGGAUUGAGCACACAAUUGCCUGGGCCAGAGAUUUGUUUCAGUCAUAUUUCGUUGGCCCUCCGGAAUCAGUUAAUCUUUACCUUACUCAGCCUAACUAUAUUGAAAAUACUCUAAAGAAAUCUGGGGCGGAGAGACAGACCUUGGAGAAUGUACGAGAUUACCUCGUCACUGAGAAGCCAAUCACUUUCGAUGACUGCGUUAUAUGGGCAAGACAUCAAUUUGAGAAGCAAUACAAUAACGCUAUCCAACAACUCUUGUACAAUUUUCCAAAAGAUUCGAAAACAUCCUCUGGUACUCCCUUCUGGUCCGGGCCCAAACGUGCUCCUACACCCUUAAAAUUUGAUGGCUCUAGCACAACGCAUCUUGCCUUCAUUAUUGCUGCCGCAAACCUUCACGCCUUUAAUUAUAAUAUCAAUAACCCAGGCGUUGAUAAGGCCUAUUAUCUAAAUAUCGUUGAAAACAUGAUAAUACCGGAAUUCGCCCCGAGCGCCGGCGUUAAAAUUCAGGCCGACGAAAAUGAACCUGACCCGAAUGCCCAACCUGCCGGAGGACUGCCCGAUGAUCAAGAAGAGCUCCAGCGCAUUGUUAGCGCCCUUCCAAAUCCUAAAUCUCUCUCAGGACUCAAACUUGUACCUGUCGAAUUUGAAAAAGACGACGAUACCAACCAUCAUAUCGAUUUUAUAGCAGCAGCGAGUAAUCUUCGAGCAGAAAAUUAUGAUAUUCAACAAGCAGACCGGCACAAGACUAAAUUCAUUGCUGGAAAAAUUAUUCCUGCCAUUGCCACCACAACGGCACUUGUGACUGGCCUCGUGAUACUUGAACUAUACAAGAUCAUCGAUGGCAAGAAAGACAUUGAGAAGUACAAAAAUGGCUUUAUUAAUUUGGCCCUUCCAUUCUUCGGUUUUAGUGAACCAAUCGCGAGUCCAAAAGGAACAUACAAAGGGAAAACGGGCGACGAGACUAUCGACAAGCUUUGGGAUCGGUUCGAAGUUGAUGAUAUUCCCCUCGCUGAAUUUUUGAAGGUAUUUCAAGCGAAAGGAUUAGACAUCAGCAUGGUUAGUUCCAAUGUUAGCCUUCUAUACGCAAGCUUCUACCCACCAAGUAAGGUGAAGGACCGGUUGCCAAUGAAGAUGAGCGACUUACUCGAACAUAUCAGCAAGACGAAGGUUCCCGAGCAUCAAAGGAAUAUCAUUUUUGAGAUUACAGCGGAUGAUCAAUCUGGAGAAGAUGUCGAGAUUCCUUACGUGAUGGUGAAGUUAGACAAGUAG